AAAUUCAAACAAUUGAGAGGAGAGCAAAGUCGGUAGACGUUACAUUACCAAUAUACAAAUGAAUUGUGACAUAGGAGACCUCUAAAGUCUACUGAUCAGUCUUUCCUGGAAACCUUCGCUCAUAUUCACAUUAUACCCAUCCACUUUUCCUGGCCAUCGUCUUCUUUGGAUUCGUCAUGAGCAGCACUGAAUUUCCAAUCAAAGAAGCCAGCGUUCAUGAAAUCCAGAUCGCUUUCAAGCAAAACAAACUCACUUCUCGACAACUCGUCGAGUUCUACCUUACCCAAAUUGAAUCACUCAACCCAGUUCUCAGAUCAGUCAUUGAAGUAAACCCAGAAGCUCUUUUCCUCGCAGACGAGGCUGAUCGAGAGCGAAACACCAAGUCACCCAUUUCACAGUCGUCUUUGUUGCACGGUAUUCCCAUUCUGUUGAAGGACAACAUUGCAACCAAAGACAAGCUCAAUACCACAGCUGGGUCGGAUGCGCUGCUGGGUUCGGUGGUGGCUCGGGACGCAGGAGUGGUGGGUAAGCUGAGGAAAGCAGGUGCGAUCGUAUUGGGGAAGGCGAGCGUGACUGAGUGGGCUGCUUUCAGGUCGAAGCAGCAGCCUAAUGGGUGGUGCGCUAGAGCUGGCCAGGCUGUGAAUCCAUAUGUGAAAUCUGCAGACCCAGGUGGAUCAAGCACAGGAUCAUCAGUAUCAGUAGCAGCAAAUAUGGUUACAGUAUCACUUGGUACAGAGACGGCCGGGUCCAUCUUAUGUCCAUCCAGUUUUAACUCGGUUGUUGGGAUCAAACCCACAGUAGGCCUCACCAGCCGGGGAGGGGUCGUCCCAAUCUCAACUAGACAAGACACAGUUGGGCCAAUCUGCAGGACAGUAUCAGAUGCUGUUUAUGUGCUUGACGCCAUCGUGGGUUUCGAUCCUUAUGAUGCUGUGGCAACUAGAAAAGCUUCAAAGUACAUCCCACAUGGUGGCUACGUGCAAUUUCUCAAGGCUGAUGGGCUCAGGGGAAAGAGGUUAGGGAUAACAAGCUAUCGUUUCUUCGGUUUCCCCAACAACUCCGAAAAUUCUCAUGCUUUUGAGCUGCAUUUCAACACAUUAAGGCACAAAGGUGCAACUUUGGUAGAUGGUAUGGUCAUACCCAACUUCAAUGCCAUCAUCAACUCCGUGUUCAAUGAUCAAGACAUAGCGUUGCUAGCUGAGUUCAAGUUGUCUCUAAAUGCUUAUCUAAAAGACCUACUCACUUCUCCGGGGCGAUCAUUAGCUGAUGCAAUAGCCUUCAACAAGAAAUUUUCGGAUUUGGAAAAAAUUGGCGAAUAUGGGCAAGACUUGUUUUUGGAAGCAGAGAAAACAAAUGGGAUGGGUGAAUUGGAAAAGAAAACGCUGCGAAAUUUAAUGGAAGCAUCAAAAAAUGGACUUCAGAAGUUGAUGAAAGAUAAUAUGUUGGAUGCACUGGUGACACCCUUGUCAUAUGAUUUCCUACAUGUUUCUGGAGUGCUUGCAAUUGGGGGAUUCCCAGGAAUUAGCGUUCCAGCUGGGUACGAUCACGAUGGGAGGCCGUUUGGUAUUUGUUUUGGAGGAUUAAAGGGUUUUGAGCCUAAACUCAUUGAAAUCGCAUAUAGUUUCGAGCAGGCCACGAAGAUUAGGAAGCCACCUUCUUUGGGACCUUGAACUUUAGUGUGUGCUAAUUAGCUGAUACAUUAUUGGUACCAGAAAUGGUUCUGGUGAACACCCAUAUUGUUAUACUUGCAGGAAAUGUACAAGUGAAUGCAGCACAAUAUUAUUA